ACCAAGCAGCUCGAAAAUGACGAAUCAUUAAUUGAGGAACUUUCUUCCAGUCGAUGAAAACAAUAUUUGUAUUCAGCUUAUGGCUCUGCAAUGUGUCAUAAAGCCCAAAAUGUGGUUGGGUCUUAAGCAGAUUUUGCUCUACGUGGGCCUACUGCUCUGUGUCGUUCUUCAGGUUUGCAGGAGUAAGACCCAGGUACAGAUGUUUUGCCCCUCCGUUUGCCACUGUGAUCUGCAUGCCCAGCGAAAUCGAGCGAUAUGCAGCGCCAAGCGAUUGAUAAGCGCCAAUAUAGAAAUGCCAAAAACUGUUGAGUUAUUAGACCUGAGCUACAAUGAUAUAACCACCAUUGACGAUGACUCCUUCAAGGGUACCAUCCACCUGCUAAACCUCACGUUGGCUCACAAUGCCAUCCACACCCUUUAUGGGGAUGCCUUUUCGGAAUUGGCCAGACUUCGAUACCUGGAUCUUUCGUACAAUCGCCUUGAGCAGAUCGACGAACAUAUUCUAGAGUCUAAUAAUGAACUGAUACACCUCAAUCUGGAGGGCAAUAAACUAUCCACUCUUGGAAAAGGACCCAUUUUAAGAAGUCCAUCGCUUCGCUCUCUUAAUCUGCGCAAUUCACAGGUAAAUCAGCUGGGAAACCAACUACUUAGUGCUCUGCCCCAACUGCGCCAGUUGGAUUUGGCACAGAAUUUACUGGUGACCCUAAGUCCGGGUGAUUUCCACGCUCCGCGAUAUUUGGCGUCCCUGAAUGUGGAGGAAAAUCCUUUCAAUUGCGAUCGAGCCUUGACAAAAGUGACCACUGGAUUACGACAGCGUGGAGUGGCCAUUUUCAUGAGUGACUGUGUGGAGGAGGAGGCUCAGGAUCCAGAGGAGAUAGUGGAAGCAAUUGGUAAUGGAAUCUUUGGAUCCAUAAACGACCCCAUUGAACGAAUGGAGAGCGUGGAACCCAGCACCCAGGGACCCCAAUCAGUACUGUCUGUCUGGCGAGAGUUGGACUCUAGCGAAGAGCAGGGCGGCGAGGACGACCAGAUGUCAUCCCUCAGCGAUGUGUGCGAAGGAAGUCGGGAAAAACUUUGCCUGCGAUACCGCACUUGCUUAGAGCGCAUAAGUCAUGAGCUCCUAGCUGGAGGAAACUCGCAGCUGGACGAUGAAAUCAUACGGACUCACUCCUACGACGAGGAUGACCUCAAGCUGGCCUUUGUCGUGGGCGGAGCCACAGGCGUCUGCAUGGUCAUCUUCAUCAUCACCUUUGCCUUGUGCCUCAAGAGUUGUUGUGAGAUGCGCAAAAAGAAAACCAACCCCGAGGUAGUCGAUAGUGAUUCAGCUCCUUUGGAUCCAUCCCAGGAAAGCCUGCCCACUAUCCACACCUGGGCACCACAGCGUACUCGCAAUCCCAGACGCUCCAAUCCUCAGCGUCCACGCAGCACUACUUCGCGUGCCGUGGUCCGCCAGCCUUACGGACCGCAAGACAAUUUCGUGUCCCGACUUUUUGGUCGUCCGGCCCGCAGUCAGUACUACCGGACCAUCAAUCAGAACACAGCCACCCUCAUCCGUCGCCUUAGUCGCAGUAACCUCUUUACCAGUCGAGAUCGGGAGCCGAGUUCUCCCACCACGCCGCCAACUCCUACAGCCAGAUUUUAUACGGAUGUAGUCGAAAGUGGUGCGGCACGACCGGAAACACCGCCUCCCAACUAUGGUGAUGUGGUGGUCAUCGAGAAUUGUGAUAACAAGUGAAGGAAUUUGAUUCGUUUUAGAUAAUAAAUAUUCUUAGAUAUCACUUUUCUCGUCAUUAACUCAUUUAUUAUAUAAAAUCUUUGUUAAGAUAAUCACAAUAUAUAUUAAUCAAUUAAAAGCCGGGCUAUCCAUUCUAGCCAACUAUAAUCAAUUAUUUUAUGACCGAAAAACUUAAA